AUGAAGUUGAUUUAAAAAAUAUUUCCCAAAAAAUGCUAUGAAAGCUUAUAGAAUAAUAUCUCUUAUAGAACAUUCUAACUUUGGAGACUUGUUUAUAAAAAUCUAACUGUGAUUACAAAAUUUAAACCUGAAUUAUAUUCAGAUAUUUCUCAGUUAAAUAUGUCUAAAAAAUAACUGAGUCGAUUUACUAAGAAAAAAAAAUCAUAGGUAUCGAAAAAAAUAUUAGGCUUAGAAUAAACUAACACAUUCGAGGAUAAAAGUUUAACAGGAGGAAGUCCAUUUAUUAGUUAUUUUAAUUAAAAUGUAUCAUUUUUUAAGAACCAAUAACAUACUGCAAGUCCUACGAAUUUGUUAUCAAAUUCAAUAUACUAAACUAAAUUAAGUACUUUUUAGUAAAUAAAAAGCAUGAAUAAAUAACAAUCAAACAAAUAAGAAGUAUUUAACUUGUCUGAGAUUUCAUGA